AUGUCGGUCGUUGGACCGGCAGAUUCCAAGAAGCUUGUUGAAGCUUUACUUGGAGAUUUGAGACUUAUAUCUACCGAAUCCAAAAAGAAAUAUAAUCAAGUGAAAGAGGCUGCUGAGUCUGGCGUUGUCAAAGUACGGAAUAUUAGCACUGCGUCUUCGGAUUCUACACUUUUAACAAAUCUACGUGCAGCCUCUUCAGAGUUACUGCACCCAUUGGCUUUGGCAUGUGGAACUCGCCAAUCUCGUCUUGUGCAAGUUGGAUUGCAAGGGAUCCAGCGAUUAGUUCAACAUCGUAUUCUUGAGCCGAGCUGUGCCAAUGUUGUAGUUAAUGAGCUAUGGUGCUUAGUUGAAUCAGAAUGUGAAGAACUGCGUGUUUUACAAACAGUUCCUCCUUUAGUUUCGGCGGAUUUACUAGUUACUGGUAAUAAUUUAGCCAAGUGCAUCGUGAUGUGCUUUCGAAUGCAUUUUGCUAAGGAUACUGUUGUGAUAAACGCUGCUUCUGCUGCUGUUCGGCAGCUAGUUGGGGGUGUUUUCGAACGUGUUAUUCAAGAAGACGGAGUUUUCAGUGGAGAUCUCACAGUUGUCCCCCCUUCCGGAGGGAGACCUUCUUCUAGAUCUGCCCCUCCAACAUUGAGACCUUGUGCUGCUGAUGCUUACAUGCUUUUCAAAGAUUUAUGCUUACUAAUAAACGCUGAACCUCCCAUUUGGCUUGUGGGGAUUAAAGAGAUUACAAGAACCUUAGGAUUAGAACUUCUAGAAUCUUUAUUGAAAAGUUAUCCCGGAGUUUUCCUCAAGCAUGCGGAACUCGGUCAAUUGGUGAAGCAAGAAGUUUGCCAGCUCAUUAUUAAACUUUUUUCGGCGAAUUUCAAAACAGCACAUUUAACUUCGCAGAACGCAUCAAGUAAACUUCAACAUAAUAAUGCUGGCUCCCCACCCGAGAGGCCUUUCUUCCCAAUUGCUAUGAGACUCAUCAGGAUUGUUGUUGUACUCAUUUCGUUCUAUCAUCAGUUAUUACAAACAGAGAGUGAGAUUUUUAUUUCACAUUUGCUCAAGUUCGUGGAUGCCGAUAAGCGUGGAUGGCAGAGACCUCUCGCUCUGGAAGCGUUACACCGAAUAGUAGCUAGCUCCGACAUUCUGAGAUGGAUAAGUGAAAAUUUCGAUAAUCAACCCUCUUCUGCCAAAAUUCUGAAGCAGAUCGCGGAAUGUUUGAGCAGUGUUAUUCAGCAGGGCUUCGUCUCAACUCAAUACAGUUCAGACGGGGAACUCACUGAUAGUGAACUAUCUCAGCAGUCCGGAAGUCCCGGCUUCUAUUUAAGAGGAGUUUGGAUUCCUUAUAUUGAACAUCUUACCACUAAGAAGACUAUUCUCUUUGACUCGUUAGAGCGCCAUGAGCCGAGUAACAUACCCGAGGGAUAUGUCGUGUCAAGAUGUUGCUCCAUGUUAGCUGAUAUGACUCAAAAUUCAUAUAUUGCAAUAGAUUACAUAGUUCAACAAGAAGAGAGUGGUGAAACUAGCGAAGGUGUUUUAUCUGUGGCUCUCUCCCUUUAUGAAAGCAUAUUUACUGGACUGCUGUGUGGUUUCACAAUUCUUCUAAAUGCCAGUGUUGAAGAAACUGUCACUGAUCUCCUUCUUUGUGGUGUUUCGACUUUAGUUGCUAUAGGAUGUAAAUUACGUGUUGAAAACUGUACGAGACAAUCUCUCCAUACAUUGUGUUCAGCCAGUUUGCCAACAUCACAAUACUUGACAAAGUAUGCUGGGAUACAACCAAUGGAGCAACUCCCGGAUCAAGGAGUAUUAAGCGAAGCAGAACCAUCUCACAGUUUUCAUCAAGUGGUGGCUACAGGUUGGCCUUGCCCUUCACCCGCUGUCUCUUCCGAGCUGUGGACUCAACAAGUAGCGCUGUCGUCGAGAAACUUACAAGCUGCCAGAGUCCUUAUGGGUGUUGUGACCGGUCACUCACAAAUGCUCCAAGAUUUCUGGCUUCUUUCCUUGACGGCGUGUGAACAUCUAUCCUGGUUGUUAAACAUCAAACCUAGUACAGGUGGUCUUUUUGUUAGAGAAAAAGUGGAUGCCGAUUCUAAUUCGGGUUCUGUUAUUGUAACAGUUACAAACGCUGCAGUGGCCGAAGUACCCGUUCUGGCGUCUUUUCUUGAUAAAAUCAAUUUCACUUCAAGUGUUCUAAACGAGGAGAAUUUGGGUAAAAUGGUUGACGCUUUGAUAAGGCUCUCUGAUGAACAAGUAACCGUUGCUUCAUCCGGUAAGGAAUGCUCGUUCUAUCCUUUGGCGUCUCUGCUGCGAGUAUGCCUCAGUAAUUUAGAGAGAGUAGAAACACUCUGGGCUAAAGUUACUGAUCAUUUCUUAUCGAUAAGUUGUCACAGCUCUCCCACAUUGAGAGAAUGGUCUUCAACUAUUCUGACCACUCUAAUCAGGCAAGCGGUGAAAGGAAAAAGUGGAUGCUCUUCCGACGAGCAUCAGGCUAUGUGCUUGUCUACCUUGCUAUCACUAAGCAAAACUACGUUCCCGGAAGCAAGAAGGAAGCAACUGGAAUGUUUGAUGGCAAUACUUCAAACGGAAGGUUCUCAACUUCACUCAAGUUCUUGGGGGACUUUGAUAACAAUAGUUUCGUCAGUAGUCGAAAAAGGAUCAGAAUGUGAUGAAAACAUCGUGCGGCAAGGGUAUAUGUGUGCUCGACUUGUCUCUACUGAUUUCUUACAAUCCCUACCAUUUGAAUGCAUAGGUUCUUUGGUCGAAGCUAUAUCAAGAUAUGGACAGAUGUCAGACCCUAAUAUUUCCCUUUCCGCUCUCACACUCUUGUGGACGAUUUCUGAUUAUGUAUAUCGAAGAACAGACUCAAUCGGUCCAGAUGGAGCAGAGAAAGUUUGGCUCGUGCUUUAUACGUGUCUGUCAGAACUUUGCGUUGAUCCAAGACAUUCAGUUCGUAAAAGUGCUUGUCAAACAUUUUUGCAAACUGUGGCUGCUCAUGGACAUGCUCUGAGACCGGCAACAUGGACUCAUAUGAUUUGGCAGAUUAUAAUGCCUCUUCUCGACCGUGUUCGUUCUAAUACUAGGAGUGCCUCUAACGAAAAAUCUUCAAGUUCUCUGAUCAUGCAUCACUCCAGAGAUACAGAGCAGAAACAAUGGACAGAGACGUGUAUUAAUACUUUGUCGAAUGCAUGCAAAAUGUUCAACAUUCAACGAAAAGUUCUACUGGAUUUAGAUGAUUUUCCAUCUGCGUGGGAAGCAAUGUUGUCCUACAUUGAAUGGGCUGCCUGCUACGAUAAUGCGGAGCUGUCUCUAUUUUCAUUGAGAAGCUUCCAGGAAAUAUUGCUUGGACGAGUUUCAGCUCAAACUCUGGAUAGAAAUACACGUGAUCGAUCGGCUAGUAAUCCCGAAAAUGCUUGUAACGAGCAAAUGCCUCAACUCCCACAAGGACAAUGGCUCGAGUCAUGGAAUACGUGGCAUUCAAUCGCUCGGGGCUUAGCAAAACUUGGAGCUGCCGCAACCAACUCACAAGGUGGUUUGGUAAAAGGAGCCUAUGUACCAGGUCCAUCUCACUUAACAACUCUUCUUCACAUUUUCCCUGCGCUGUUCGAACGAGUCGCUAAAGUUCUUCCUAUCGAGGAGCUACUCUAUGAACAACUUCCAUCAGUGAUUGAGAGUCUUGUCAGUGCUCCAGUUCCAUCAGAGCAAACGCCAUUCAUUAUGCCUUCUACAAGUUCACAACUCACUCCCACACAAGAAGCCGUUUUAGACGCCAUACGAACCACAUAUAAUGAAUGCCUAUCACCUACAAGUACAUUGCGUAAGGCCAUUGCAGACCAAAUACGGCUUCUUUUAAAAUUCGCUUCAUUAGCAGUUCGUAAUAAUCCACGUACAGCUCCACCAGGAAAGAACUAUAAGGAUUGGGCGCUGCAAUGUGUUAUUCCUUUCGCCGAAACGUCUCUGAAAAUGGCUACCGAAUUUUUCACAACAACAUCCUCUUUCCCCGAAGUGAUAGAUUCAUUGGUUGCAGUUGAUCUUGUUCAGUUUCUCGGAGAGCCGUUAUAUUUGAAAUAUCACUGCAUCUCAACGACUACUUGGAAGUUGGCUGCUUCCUCUUUGAUGUCUGUACUCAAAUCAGCAAUCCCAUAUGCUCGGCAGAAUCCUGAAAAGUUUGCUCCUUUCUGGCCGGCGAUCUGUGAAACACUGGAAAAAUUCUUGUUCACUCCACACACAUGCACUAGACUAGCCGCAGAUGAACGGAAACGUGAUGAAUUGACGGAGUGUCAAUCCAUUGAUCUCAUAAGGACUGAAUUAUUAAGUCAUUCAUCCUCUAUUCCUGCUUCAGCUGUUCAACGACUGAUUGCUCUGUUAAAUCGGGGGUCAAUAUCUCAACUAGACCCCAAUGAUGUUUUAGCUUCAGAUGCUCACACUCAAAGAGCUGAGCUAGCAAGAGCCUGCUUUGAGGCUUUACUCUCUACAUCGAACGAUGGAGAUGGAAGUCUUGGUCACGUAGCAGUCUCUAGUUUACUCCAAAGAUGUACACAGGUUAUGGGAGGAUUUGUACGCGAUCGGAGUGGAUCUGGAGAUCUGCAUUUACCCAGAAUGCGCUUAGCAGAAAUGGUGUCAGCUCUUCAAGCAAUUGAAUCUUUGAUUAACCGACUUGUAAAAAACCCUUCUCUAACAGAAUUAUAUUCACAAUUAGUCUCACUCUACCCCACAGUCGUCGACGUGAUACCCUGUGGUCAUAGCGAUCCUCUAUUAGAGAGUCAACUAGUUAUUACCCUAAAAGCGUAUCAAACCCUGCUUCUGCUGAAGGUGGUUCCUAAUUUCAAUUCGUAG